UAAAAGAAAAGAAAAGAAAAGAAAAAAAGAUUAUUAUAAUAUUAUAUCUCUAUCAAUCGAAGAAUAAAUACAAUUGACUGAUAGAUUAGUUUUAACCGAUCUGUUAUUGAUACGAAUGAAUAUGAAACAAUUUAUCGAUUACGAGUAUGAAUAUCAAAUGUCAUGGCUUUUCAUUCAAAUAAAUCUUAUAAGAAGUAUCUAUGAAGAUUAUUUCGAAAUAGUCGCUAACUAAAUCCGUAGUGAAGUGACAUUAUUCCAUAGAGAAGUAAAUUUAUUCUUUGAUUUUACUUGUAAUAAAAACAAGUUCGAAUUAUAAACAGGAGGAUGGAAGAUUAUGAAUACGGCGGCGAUCAUAGACUUUUUUUUUCUUUUUUUUUUCUUUUUUUUUUCUUUUUGUGUGUACGUUUAUAAUAAAUAAUUAGAAUUAUAUAUAGGAAAAAUUUGAUAACACCUAAAUAGGUAACAUUUUUAAUAACAUUUUAACUGUCCUUGGAAGGUUAAUAAUUUAGUGCUUGUAGAAAGAAAAAAAAAAAGAAAAAAAUAUUUGUCAGAAGUGGGAUUCGAACCCACGCCCUCAGAGAGGACCAGAAGCCUCGAACAAAUCCCCGUUUGAAACGGGUAAGGUAUGAAAACCUUGAGUCUGGCGCCUUAGACCGCUCGGCCAUCCUGACAUGUUGACGCAAGAGUUCACUCAGAGUAUUCAGCGUGUGAACAUUGUGUUUGUUUAUCUCUACUCAAAAUUACGGAUUUUGUUAUUAAUUGCUAAAUAAUGAAGUGACCUGGGUGUGGAGAAAGUGUAGAAUUUAGAACUUUUUAACGUUUUAACUAUAUGGUGUAAAGAAAAAGAAAAAAGAUAAGUGAGUUUUCGUGUACUAACCGUAACGGCGUGGGUCAGGGGAUCUCGUGUCUGGAUUCAAAGUUCAACUCGCUAAAAAUGUAUAAAAGACCUUUCGCGAGCCAACCAGAACGAAGCCUACCACUGGCAGAGUUACGCAGACAAUAUUAAAACACGAAAGAUCACGAUCAUGCUACGAAUGCCGAGGACGUUCUCUUUGAUAUGUUCAAAAAUGAAGAAACUGGUCUUCUCUCGGUUGGCAAGUUUAUCGCUGCUCUAAGGACAACCGGUCUACGAAAAAAUGAUCCUCGACUUCAAGAAUUUUGCGACAAUUUGAGGAAAGAACAUUCGAGAAGUGGGGGACACGAAGGUGCGUCACAUGAGACGCAAAAAUUAGAUAGGGAACAAUUUAGAAGAAUCGUAAAUCCAAACAUAGUGUUAAUAUCACGAGCAUUCAGGCAUCAGUUCAUCAUUCCCGAUUGGCAAGGUUUUACAAAACACAUAGAGGACUUUUAUUGGAAAUGUAAAACGAAUACAGAAGGCAAAGUUGCAUCCUACAUUCCACAGUUAGCAAGAAUGAGUCCGGAUUAUUGGGGAGUCUCAGUUUGUACGAUUGAUGGUCAACGAUUUAGUAUCGGAGAUACGUCAAUUCCCUUCACAUUACAAAGUUGCAGUAAACCGUUAACAUAUGCUAUAGCUUUAGAUAGGCUAGGACAAGAAGUUGUUCAUCAAUAUGUCGGCCAAGAACCAUCAGGAAGGAAUUUCAAUGAACUCGUUUUGGAUUAUAAUAAAAAACCGCAUAAUCCGAUGAUCAAUGCCGGUGCGAUAUUGGUUUGUUCAUUAUUGAAGACUCUCAUCAAACCUGAAAUGACAUUGGCGGAGAAGUUUGACUUUACUAUGAACUAUUUUAAGAGAUUGGCAGGAGAUGAAAACUUGGGUUUCAAUAAUGCAGUUUUUCUCUCGGAACGUGAAGCUGCCGAUAGAAAUUAUGCUCUUGGCUUUUACAUGAGAGAACAUAAAUGUUAUCCGGAUAAAACGAAUCUUCGCGAGAUCAUGGACUUUUACUUUCAAUGCUGUUCCAUGGAAUCAAAUUGCGAAACUAUGGCCGUGAUGGCAGCGACAUUGGCAAACGGUGGUAUAUGUCCUAUCACAGAAGAGAAGGUCCUUAAACCAGACAGCGUCAGAGAUGUAUUGAGUCUAAUGCAUAGUUGUGGAAUGUAUGAUUAUAGUGGUCAAUUUGCAUUCAAGGUUGGAAUACCAGCUAAAUCUGGAGUAUCGGGAAGUCUUCUCGUGGUUAUACCAAACGUCAUGGGCAUUUGCACAUGGUCACCACCUUUAGAUCCUCUUGGAAAUUCUUGCCGAGGCGUACAAUUUUGCGAAGAACUCGUGACCGAGUUUAAUUUUCAUAGCUACUAUGAUCACAGGUACGAUAAUCUAAAGCACGCGACCAACAAGAAAGAUCCUAGAAGGCACAAGUACGAAACGAAGGGUCUAUCAAUCGUCAAUCUUCUCUUCAGUGCUGCCAGUGGCGAUGUUCCCGCAAUGAGAAGGCAUCGACUUAGUGGCAUGGACAUGACUUUGUCCGACUAUGACGGUAGAACAGCUUUGCAUUUGGCUGCUAGCGAGGGUCACUUGGAUUGCGUUGAAUUCCUUAUCGAACAAUGUAGCGUACCUCAUGAUCCUAAAGACAGGUGGGGUAAACGACCAAUAGACGAGGCAUUAAAUUUUGGUCAUAUGCAAGUUGUCGAUUAUUUGAAAAAUUAUGCCGUGGCGCACAAAACUAAUUGCGAAUACGAGGAAAAGCAAGAAAAUAAAGCGGAUGAAAACAAGCCUUCUGAUAAGGUGGGUCAAUCACCAUUACCAUAGGAAGGAUUUCAUCAAUUUAAAAAGUCAAGUCAAUCACCGGGGAAUGAUGAUGAACGUCGAAAAAGUCUGAAACUUUUAUCGAUAGAUUAGAAAAAUUUGCUUACAAAUUGUGUGCUUAUAAUGUCCUACAUUAUCGACUUAUUGUUAGUAUGAAAUACAGGUCAAUAUUAUAUUUCAGAUUUCAUAUAAAUCUGAAAUAUUAGUAUUAUAGACAUUUGUAAAGAUUUAGUUAACAAACUAAGCAAUACUUUCUACCUCUAUUAUUUCGAUUAUUUCUUAAGGAUACGAAUCAAUCUCUCUUCUCUAUUUAAUUAUUCAUUCAAUUUCCAUGAGUAUAAUUCAUUUAUUACUACUUACCCGUACUACCAGUAUUUGUUUUUUAAUUUAUUCCUUCCUCUUUAUAAAUUUGAAUUUUUGAAAGCUUCUACGCUUCUACGAUGAAUUAAUGAAUAAAGAUCGAAGACAAGAGAUUUAUGGCGUUAGAUAGGCGUUAGAUAGGCGUUAGAUAGGCGUUAGAUAGGCGGAAUGUCAAUUUUUUCGUGAUUGCACGAAUAUUAUUAUACUAUCGUAUUUAUGGUACCUAAUAUGUAUAUAAAAAUAGACAUUUUGUUGAUGGACGACAAAGUUGACAAUAAUUAAAUUACUUGUAAGCGGGUACUUACGUGUACUACACGGCAUGAACUUUUUUCAACAAUUUAUAUUUCCCAGAGAAAUUCAUUAGCGAGGCAAAAAUCAAUUUAGCUUUAUAUCAUCGUAUAUUAUAUCAUAUAGUGAUAUGAAAUAAUUAUUUACGUCUAACGCUUGUGCUUGCUUUUAACAUAUAAGAAUAUUUAAUAAAUUUAUUUAUGAAAUUAUUUAUAAAUUAUCUUGGACGAUAAUUAUUCGGAAAAAUUACUUUACUCGGUUAAGAAGUACAAAAUGAUUAUUAUCUAAUCUCUGAGACAUACGUAUAAGUGUCUAUGUGUACUAUGGAAUAUUUUUCUAAUAUAUUAUAAGAAAAUUGAAUUCAGUAUUAGCAAACUCGAAGUUAAAUUCUUAUCUCAUUUUGUAAUAUCCAAUUAUUCCUUUAUAAAUAGAACUAUAAUAGAAAUUUUGUUUAUUUGAACGAUUGUGAUGCUAACUAUUCUAGUAGAUCCAUUCACGAUCCAUUUUCCUUGAGCUUACGAAAUAAAUAUUCUAUUAAUAUGCAAUCAAUAUGCAAUCAAUAUGCAAUCAAUAUUUUGUCGUUUUUCUCAAAUAUAUUCAUAUAUUUGCAUAGUAGUAUUAUUUCGUCAGCUCAUAUAAUAUAGCUUUGUUUUAUUUAUGACGUUGUAGUUGAUAAGAAAAAAGUAUACUAAUUAUUAAUGGGCUCUAUUUUAAGUUUAAGUUAGAGAUCUAACGAUAGUUUUAUAUUAGAUAGUAAACUGAAACUACUCUUAUCUAAAAACAUUAUUUUCAAAGAGUUGAAGAUGUAACAGAAGAUGUACAAUAUAUUAUCAUUCGUUUGAACGAAUAAUAAGUUUAAA